AUGGGCAUUUAUGGAUUGGCUGCAUUUGUACACGAGCACUCUACGCUAGGAGACCAAAAGACAUGGACCGUGAGUGAUACAGCAAAACCAACAGCCGAGCAUUUCAUUGUCGACGGCAACGCAUUCACUUAUCACUAUGCAAUGCAAUCACGAGCUGACUGGAUUCAUGGAGGUCAAUACAGUGUGGUUGCUAAGGCUAUACAAGAUGAUGUCUUGGUGCUACAACGAGCCGGGAUCCAAUUGACAGUGUUGUUUGACGGAGCUGUGCCGCAUGACAAGCAACGAACACGUCUCAAGCGAUAUGCAACCUAUCUCGAGCGAGCAUCGAUGACUUUAUCGCAUCUUGAUCAUAUCAACAACGCACUACGUCAAUCAAAAAUGGGCGAUGAUUUGCCAAUCCCAAGCGACUUUUUCCUGCUUCCGCCAUUGAUGUUGGAUGUAUGCGUACAAGCAUUACGUGAGAUGAAUGUUGAAACCAUUGUGUGUGCGGAUGAAGCGGAUGGUCAAGUAGCAACAAUGGCGCAACUACGCAAUGGCUAUAUGGUAUCCAAGGAUUCGGACAUGCAUGUGUAUCCUCGCGCUGGCAAAGGCUAUAUACCCCUUGGUUCCUUGAAUAUCCGCAAUGACAUGGUCUCUGCCACAGCGUAUCAUCCAAAGGCACUUGCAUCGUUACUUGAUCUCAAGAUUGAGCUUUUACCUCUUUUCGGGACUUUGUUGGGCAAUGAUUAUCUUGACACCAAGCUGGUGCGUGAUCCCAUUACCGAAUGGUGCUCUUCACGAGGACUCCAAUGCAAGAACAAGACCCUUUUUUGGCCCAAGAUUGUGGGAGAGUUCUUGCGUAAGACCGUUGGACAUCAAGACCUUGAUAGCAAUAGCAUCGAUGUGGUUCUCAAGGAGUUGAAUGGCAUGAUCAAAGGAAAUGGAGUGGAUCACAAUGUUGUUAUCGAGUCUGUACGACGUUACGAUGCAGAAAGUGUGCUCUUGGAGAAGGAUUCUGGAUCCGCCGAUGAUGACAACAAGGGGAAUAUGAAACACGCCAGUCGUGCUAUUACAGACAUCACUUUGACACACACCUUUUGGGCACCGAUAUUUUUGGAAGAUUUACAACAGCCAUCGAGUUGGCUAGUGAGUCGACGAUUACGACAACACGUUUAUACGGCACUAUUGAAAUCCGAUACAUUGCCAAUCAUACGAGAAUACAUUCGAGAAAAGCGCCAUUUGAGUGAAGACAUGGUGGAAUGCGACGUCACGUGCAGCAGCGGGGAUGGUUUCACACAUUUGGCUCAGUUACAUCAUACGGAUCCAAGUCUACUUGCUGAGCUUGAUCGCUAUUGGUGGCCACUGGUUUUAUGUUUACGAUGUUUGAUCUACGAUUUGGCUUAUCAUCAUGGGAACAAUAACAGUAAUCGGAUCAAGGAUCACGAGGUGAUUGGCCUCUUGGCGGGUGGCUUUGCCUCAUUAUUGCACAAGGAGGAUGGCCCAAGCGCACUAACCAAGCUACCCACCAUCAAGCGAGGAGCAUUGCAUCUUACGGCACAAUUCCAAAGUAUCAUUUUUUGUUCUCAUCUUUUGGGGCAAGCAUUGGGUGUACAGCAGCAGCAUUUGGGACAAGAAAGAAUGUUGAUCAACAUGUACGAUGGUAUACGGAUGCAUCAUUAUUUGCAAUUGGCGAGACGAGGUGCCAGUGUUGAACGCAUGCUGGGAUCAAAGUUGGGAGGAGACAAACAUCAGCUGUUCUGGAACCUAUAUCGGGCUGUUAUAGCAAAAAUGGAGCAAAAUGUGGAGACCAUAUUUGAUUACAAAAUUCCGCCCACGUGGUCAAAGGAGGCUACUGUCAAAGGCACAACAUCAUCAUCAUCGUCGUCGUCGUCGAUUAAAAAGAACGUCAAAAAGCGGAGCGGCAAUAAUGGUCCUCAUGCGACAUCCGCUGGUGUACGAGGAGGAGGAGUAGGAGCAAAAACGAAACGGGUGGCUACCGAUCGGCCGACAUCCUCAUCAAGACCAACCGCAACGAAGGGUGCCAAUAUCUUUGAUGUGCUUGCAUUUGGUUGCAGCUUUGAUGAUGAUGACGAAUAG